CGCUUGUUGUUUAGUGAGCACCAUGGUUUUGUUGGAGCAUAUUGUGUAUUUUGUUAUGUUGUACCUUAACAGCGCUAAAAGUUUAAGUGUCGAUGAUAAAUUAAAUAUACCAGAUUCUAAGCUGAAUUUCACUGAACUGGCAAAUAAAUAUGGAUAUAUAUCUGAGGAAUAUAAAUUUCCAACAGAUGAUGGAUAUAUUUUGACGAUAUUUAGAAUGAGAAGAAAAGCAUGUGAGUUGAAAAUGCCACCAGUAAUAUUGAUGCAUGGGCUUCUACUGACAGCAGAUUCAUUUGUAGAUGCAGGUCCAGGUUCGGGACUAGCGUAUCUUUUGGCUGAUGACUGUCAAGAUGUCUGGGUUGGGAAUUGCCGGGGAAGCUAUUACUCGAGAGCUCAUGAACAUCUCAAUCCAGAUAAAGAUCAAGAAUUUUGGAAUUACUCUGUAGACGAAAUUGGUUAUUAUGACAUACCAGCGACUGUUGAUUUUGUUCUGGGCAAAACUGGAUUGCGCAAAUUGAAUUAUAUUGGAUUUUCACAAGGCGCCGCUACUAUAUUUGUGAUGUGCUCGGAAAGACCUGGAUAUUGUGAUAAAUUGAAUGCUUUUAUCGGUUUAGCUCCUGCUGCAAGACAUACGAACUCUAAGUCUAUAGCAUUUAGAGUUAUAAGCACAAAAUUGUGGAAGCUAGAAGGAGUUUUAACUAAGUCCGGUGUUUAUGAAGUGUUUGGAAAAGAAUACAGAGAAUUUUUCACAGAAUUUUGUAACAACGACGAUGCGACCAAUUUCUGUUUGACUUUAUUAUGGAUACUAGACAGUUCUCAUCCAAACUCAAUAUUAGAUACUACUGUUAAGACUUUAGUUGGUCAUUUCCCAUCGGGGACAUCUGUAAAAAGCAUGGCUCGAUGUGGUCAAAGUGUGGCUACGGAAAAUUUCCAAAAAUUCGAUUAUGGUGUUGAUAAUAUUAAAGUUUACGGUAGUGAAAAUCCUCCUAAAUACAACUUAAGUGCUUCGACUAUGCCUGUGAUGUUAAUUUAUGGGCAAAACGAUGGUCUUGUUGAUCCUGUAGAUGUGGAAUGGUUAGUGUCAAAGUUACCUAAUGUGGUAGAUGUGUCGUUAGUUCCAGAUCCUAAAUGGACUCAUUUGGAUAAUGUGUACAGUAGCAAUAUAGCUGGAUCAAUGUUUCCGAAGAUACGAGAGUAUUUGCUUAGAUACAAUACUGAAUACAUGUCGUAAGGUUUACUAUCAAAUCUUAAUGAUAGGUAUAGUACGAAAAGAAAUUGCAUUUACUUUUUUAAUAAUCACUUAUAUAUAUUUAGUUAAUUCCUUCCUAUAAUACAUACCUACUUUAGUAAUUUUAUUUAAUAGCUAAAUAAAUAACUCACUCGUAAAAUGUAUUAUUAAUUUCGACUUUGUGUAAUCGAGAGGAGACUCUAAUACCGUUACAUGAGAGUAAAAUGUUUAAUAUUUUAAAUUAAUUUAUUAAGUAAAUAAACAAUGUAUUUUUUAAAAUUAAUAGU